CGCGGGAUUUGGGGUCCGUCCCAGAACCGACCAAUCCCAACCCUCAAUUCCUCACUAAAUCACCCCCAAGACUCCUCCUCCCCCACGGCGGGGCUCCUCCGGCCUCGGCUUCAGCAUAAAAAACAAGCUGUGAUUGGCCCUUUUUGCUACAAAAACGGUCUUCUUUCCGAUGUCAUCAUGUCGCAUGCCCAUCAUGCGCUUCGGCAUCCGUACAUAUACCUCCCGCUCCCUGCAACAUCCCCUCUCACGUAGAUUCACCUCCAAUUCAUACUCAAAACUGCCCGCCAUGAAGCUCCUCUACCCAACAUCCCUCAAGCUCGACGUCCAGAGCCUCGAGGGCUUCUCCGUCGACCUCUUCCCCUACGACGUCAAGAAGACCAUCCCCGAAGAGCACGUCGACGCCGAGAUCCUCGUCACCUGGACAAACACCCCCGAGAACCUAAAAGACGCCGCAAAGCGCCUCACAAAGCUCCAAUGGAUCCAGUCCCUCGCCGCUGGGCCAAAUGAUGUUCUCGGUGCUGGGUUCGAUGCCUCCAAGAUUAAAAUCACAACGGGCUCGGGUCUGCACGAUCACACUGUCGCUGAGCACGCGCUGGGCCUGCUUCUCAACGCCGCGCGCCGCUUCUAUGAGAUGCGCGAUUAUCAACUUCAAGGAAAAUGGCCAGGUCAUUUGGGCGGUCCCCAGCCCGAUAGACCCAAGAAUGCAUUUACGACGCUGCGCGAUGCGCGUGUUUUAAUCUGGGGCUUCGGCAACAUCGCAAAGACCCUCACCCCGCAGCUCAUCGGCCUCGGCGCCGAAGUUCGGGGCAUUGCGCGCCGAAAGGGUGUCCGCAAUGGAAUUGAAGUCUACAGCGAAGACGAUCUUGACACACUCCUCCCCGAGACCGACGCUCUCGUCAUGAUUCUUCCCGGGUCUGAUGCCACGCGCCAUGUUCUUAAUGCCCAGCGCCUGAAGCAAUUGCCCAACCACGCGUGGGUCGUCAACGUGGGGCGCGGUACAUCUGUUGACGAGGAUGCUCUUGUCGAUGCGCUUGAGAAGGGAGAGAUUGGGGGUGCGGCGCUGGAUGUUUUUGAGACUGAGCCACUUCCUGAGCCGAGUAGGAUCUGGAAGGCUCCUAAUACUAUUGUGUCGCCGCAUGCGGCUGGUGGAAGACCUCAGGGUGCUGAGGGGCUUAUCGCUGAUAACCUGAGACGGUUUAGGGCGAAGCAGGAGUUGAAGAACCUCAUUUAAAAUAGAAUAGAGAAUUUAAAUUAAAUAUCCAAGUUAACAUGAUCAAUUUAGCGAUAAAUUAUGGUGCGUGAA